CCGGGAGCGGGGCUGGGGCCAUGCUGCGGGCGGCGCGGGCCGGCGCGGCGCGGCGGCGCCUGCAGCAGCUGCUCCUCGGCGCCUGUCGGCAGCGCUCCUCGGCGGUCCUUCCCAACGAGAGGAUCCGCAACAUCGGCAUCUCCGCCCACAUCGACUCCGGGAAGACCACGCUGACCGAGCGCAUCCUCUUCUACACCGGCAGGAUUGCCCAAAUGCACGAGGUGAAAGGUAAAGAUGGAGUUGGAGCCGUCAUGGAUUCUAUGGAGCUGGAGCGACAGCGUGGAAUCACGAUUCAGUCUGCGGCAACGUAUACCAUGUGGAAGGACACCAACAUCAACAUCAUAGACACACCAGGACAUGUAGACUUCACAAUUGAAGUGGAAAGAUCUUUGAGAGUUCUUGAUGGAGCUGUUCUCGUUCUCUGUGCUGUUGGAGGAGUUCAGUGCCAGACAAUAACUGUGAACAGGCAAAUGAAACGAUACGGCGUGCCGUUUUUAACGUUUAUCAAUAAACUGGACAGAUUGGGCUCUAGUCCAGACAGAGCAGUACAACAGUUGAGAUCCAAGUUAAAUCACAAUGCAGCUUUUGUUCAGAUUCCAAUUGGGCUGGAGGGAGACUUUAAAGGAAUUAUAGAUCUUAUUGAAGAAAGAGCUAUAUAUUUUGAUGGUGCACUUGGCCAGACUCUUCGAUACGAUGAAAUUCCAGCUGAAUUUAGAGCUGAGGCUGCAGAAAGACGUCGGGAAUUGAUUGAAUGUGUUGCUAACUCAGAUGAUCACCUUGGGGAGCUGUUUUUGGAAGAAAAGAUUCCUACAGCUGCUGAUUUAAAGCUUGCAAUCAGAAGAGCAACACUGAAAAAGUCUUUUACCCCAGUACUUCUGGGAAGUGCUUUGAAGAACAAAGGAGUACAACCAUUGCUGGAUGCUGUCUUAGAGUAUCUGCCAAAUCCUUCAGAAGUUGAGAACUAUGCUAUACUUAACAAGGCGGACUCUGAGGACAAAACCAAGUUCCUACUGAACUCUGCUCGAGACAAUUCCCAACCUUUUAUAGGCCUUGCUUUUAAACUGGAGGCUGGGCGUUUUGGGCAGUUAACUUACAUUCGCGUUUAUCAGGGGAUGCUGAAGAAAUCUGAUUAUAUCUAUAACACUAGGACUGGGAAGAGAGUGCGCGUGCAAAGACUUGUUCGUAUGCAUUCAGACAACAUGGAGGAUGUAAAUGAAGCUUAUGCAGGAGACAUAUGUGCAUUGUUUGGAAUUGAUUGUGCUAGUGGAGAUACCUUCACUGAUAAAACUAGUACUGACAUUUCCAUGGAAUCAAUUCACAUUCCUGAUCCUGUCAUUUCAGUAGCUAUCAAGCCUUCCAACAAGAAUGACUUUGAUAAAUUUUCAAAAGGCCUGAACCGCUUUACAAGAGAAGAUCCCACCUUUAAAGUCCAUUUUGAUGAUGAGAGCAAAGAGACCAUUGUUUCUGGAAUGGGAGAACUACACUUAGAAAUCUAUGCUCAGCGAAUGGAAAGAGAAUAUAGUUGUCCUUGCACUAUGGGAAAGCCAAAAGUUGCAUUUAGAGAGAACAUCUGUGCACCUGUGCAGUUUGAAUUUACACACAAGAAACAGACCGGUGGGGCAGGCCAGUAUGGUAAAGUUAUAGGAGUUCUUGAGCCUCUGGAUCCAGAGGACUACACAAAGUUGGAAUUCGAAGACAGAACUAUUGGCACAAAUAUUCCAAAACAGUUCGUGCCUGCUGUUGAAAAGGGAUUCCGAGAUGCCUGUGAAAAAGGUCCGGUGUCAGGGCACAGGAUAUCUGGAGUUCGGUUUGUCCUGGAAGAUGGUGCACAUCACAUGGUGGAUUCUAAUGAAAUCUCUUUCAUCAGAGCAGGAGAAGGAGCUCUAAAGCAAGCUAUGGAAAAUGCUUCUGUGCGUAUACUUGAACCCAUUAUGGCAGUGGAGGUGAUGGCACCCAUUGAAUUCCAAGGAGCAGUGAUAGCUGGCAUUAAUCGCCGUCAUGGAGUGAUCACAGGACAAGAUGGCACAGAUGAUUACUUUACUCUUUAUGCUGAGGUGCCACUGAAUGAUAUGUUUGGAUAUGCCACUGAGCUGAGGUCUUGUACAGAGGGAAAGGGUGAAUAUACAAUGGAAUACAGUAAAUAUCAGCCGUGUUUGCCCAGUACCCAAGAAGAAAUAAUAAACAAAUACCUUGAGGCAACAGGACGACUUCCUGCAAAAAAGGGCAAAGCUAAGAGCUGACUUUCUUCCUUUUCAGUGCAUUGAACAGUUUUUCACAAUCUUCUCUAAAGCUCAGUUGCCCAGGUGGUAGAAGAGAUGGAGGCUGGCUGGAUACAUAUGGACUGCAGUGGGACUUCAUUACAUUGUAAUAUAUGGUAUUCUUAGAAGUCACUGGAAGAUUGCAACUGAAUUGGUCGCUUGUAGAUGCCACUCAUUAACAAAAUAUAUAAACAUGAUAACAUUGAUAAUUUGUUUUGAAAUUUGUCUCAAUCCAUUUGUAUUAAAAUAAUUUUAUUUUUUUACUUGAUAAAAUACUGUUGUGUAAUUAGGCUAGUUACUGUUUCUCCGUUUUUGAAAGAUUAAAAAUCCUAGUUUAGGAGACUAAAUGUUAACUGCCUGAUAGGCACAGGGGAUGAAUUCUCAUCUAAUAUGGUCAGCAGUUUUCACUCAGAUGCUCCAAGCACAGAUUGUUUGGUCCUGCAAUUCACUUAGAGCAUAUAGUCUAGUAAAAAAAAUGCCGGUAUUUUCUUUUCCUCCUUCAGGAACAAUGUUAAGAUCCUCCAAAGUCAUAAUGGAUGAAUGAACAAAUUCACCUGUUAGCGGAACUGGCGUUUCACCAAAUCUGCUUACCACAGAUGGUACAAUGCGUUUGAAAAAAGUUGACAAGAAUUUACAUAGAAGUAAACUCUUUUCUAAACUAUGAGCAAUAUGAAUUUAUGUAUGUGUUGCUUACUUGGCUCCAGGUGCUCUACCUUCCUAAAAAGAUCUCUUUGUCAUAAAACCAAACAAAAGGAUUCCUUUUCCAGAAUCUUAAAAUCAAGAGAUCAUGUUCCUGUUGAUGCUCAUCUUGAGAAUCACUUAGUUAGAUAUUCUUCACUUACAAUACAGAGAAAAAUUGAGGCUGUUACAGUUAAAUGAGAGAGAGAAGAUACCACUUUUUUUUAAUGUUAUUACUGAAAGAUGUUCUGUGAAUUUUCCUUGCGUGCUUUCUCUUCCUGACUUACUCUGCUUACAGCAUUUUUGCAGAUUUCCAGUAAGCAGAUAGGGUAUGAAGUUCCAGUUCAAAACCAACUGCAUUCCUGGCACAGGAUUGUGGUUGAUGUUUACCAGACACGGACAGAACUGUAACGGCUGUGUUUUUUUGUCUCAGUCCUCAUAGAAAGAAAGUGAAAAUUAUUCAUUUUAAACUUCAAGUAAGUGCAGUAUCAGAGAUUUGUCAGGGGCACGUAAAUAUUAACUAAGCAUGGGCUUAAGGUUGUGCAUGUGUAUCAUGUUGCUUGGGGCCAAUUCCUUCUUGUUUUCCUUACAUCUGUAGCAUUGUUUUUGUGAAAAAAUUUCAGCUGGAACUAGUUUUAAGGAAAACCCUGCAGGUUCUCUUUCAUUUAGGAAUUUUCUUAAGCAAACAAAUAUUACCACACCUUUGCCAAAACUCAAAGAGGGCUUAUAAAAGCAGUAUGAAUGCAACUCCAAAGAAAGAAAUGAAAUAGUUGUUAUUUUAGUUGUAUUUUUCACUUUUAUGUUAUACUUUUUAGAGGUCAGUCAUGAUGUGAAAUCUUGGCUCUGGUUCUGCCAGAUGCGUGCUAGUUCUCUUCAAAUCUAACAUGGACGACGAGUCUGCACUCAGAGGAGCACAGCAUAGGUACAACCGAGCCACAGUAGGGUCUACUACACUAAAAUGAGAGGGAGGAAAAAACAACAGGUAGGAGGGAGGACAAGUGGAGAGCCAGAGACAGGGGAAGCACGGAAGGAAGCUCUGGCAAGAGCCUAAAGGGAACUGGGAAAGAUGGAGGGGUUGUAGCAGCAGCAACCUGAGACAGUGAGGAGCAUGGAACAAGGGCAGUCAUUUUUGGGGUGUCCUAGACCUUGUUUCUUCAUAUUUCUUUUCAUUUUUUUUAAUAAAGUUUUAGGUAACAUGGGUAGUGUAUCUGUUUUAGUUGAUUUCUUAGCAGUGAAGUUAUGGAACAGAACUUUCUUCUCUUGUUUGUAUCCAAUCUCCUGCAGAUAUUCUCAUUGCUGUUUCUUCGCAUGAAGAAUUCAGUGUGAAAGUGGAGUCUUGACUCAGAUAAUGUUUACUGUUAACAAUUUAAUCAUGGUAAUUGAAUUUUGCUCGAGUAAAACCUGCAUAGAUAAUUUCAGAUCUUGAUCCACUGACUGAAAUCUUGGCCCUAAAGACUUUGAUGGAAAUUUUGCCAUUGAAUUCCAGCUGGAUUGGUACUUCUGCAGAAGACAGGAUUGUGCAAUUUCUUAACUGAUAAAAAGGUUGUGCUGCUUACUUGGAGUCUAAGUUACACUGACUUGUCAAGUUGGAAACACAUCAUUCUCUGUCCUGGGUCCAGAAAGCAGUGGCAGAAACAAAGUAAGGAAGCUAAUCUUAUAGCUCAAUAUAUUGCUAAAAUAGAGCUCCAGUGUGCAAAAUCUCUAUUAUUUUCUUGUUUAAAUUCUAAAAAUUUGUAUUAUUAAUUUCCUAUUGAAGUUGUCAUUAAAAGCUCUGAUUACAUGUUUUGCCAGCAAAAAAUAAAAUACAGAGUAUGUGAAA